AUGCCCAGCUCAUGCAAUGAUAUCCGGCGGGCCCUGGCUCAAUGCCUCCAGGAGUCUGACUGCAUCAUGGUCCAGCGUCAUACUCCCCGUGAAUGUCUCAGCUCUCCUCUCGCCGAGGAGUUACCCGUGAAAUGUCAGCAGUUGCGGAAAGGAUUCAGCGAGUGCAAGCGCGGUCUGAUCGAUAUGCGCAAGCGCUUCCGCGGCAACCAGCCUAUCUCGGUAUCCAAGGAAAUGGACGGCGGGCAAUCUACCUCUGGGGGACAGCUAUAUGCCGGAGCGCCCGCGUACCAAACGGUCAAGGAACUCAGCGGAGACGAAGUGCAGAUGGAUCCAGAGAAGACAAGGGGCCUGUAA